AUGGAGAAGUACACAGAAUCACCACCUACCUUACAGGUAGAGCAUUCCUCCCUUCAGGCAGAGAAUCUGAUUCCGCGGCCACAAAAGCAGCAUCUGACUGAGGAGAACCCUGCUAUGAAGGACCAAGUCAUGCCUGCCCUGUCUACCCUGAUGAUGCCUAUAUCCUGCUCACCUGAGCAUCUCUCCCAGUUUCAUGGUGACCCUGCCAAUCUCGCAAGGUUUCUUGCUCAGGUGACUACCUACUUGACAACUCUCAAGAUCCCCAAUCCUGCAGAUGAUGCCCAAAUCAAGUUCUUUUUUGACUACCUAUAUCAGCAGAUGGAGAGUUGUGGGGUCAUAUCUGGGCCUGACCAGAGUACUCUGCUGAAGCAAUAUGAGAACUUUGUUCUUGAGUUCCAGCAGUCAUUUGGUGAGCUGACAAAAGAGAAAAUGAACCAUCUGGACAAAGGGGACAACUCCUCUCAGCAGGAUGCUACUACUUUCCAGCUCCUUGCUCAAAAUCUGAGCAAUAAUGAAACCAAUCAGAGUGAUCACUUUCAAGAAGGACUAGCUGACCCCAUCCAGGAUGAAGUGAGUGGCACAGAUAUGAUGGACAACCUCCCAGACCUGAUCACUCAGUGUAUUCAGUUGGACAAAAAACGUAGUGACAGGCCAGAGCUCCUACAGUCAGAGGCCCAGCUCCCAAAGUUGGCUUCCCUGAUCCACCACCAAGCCCUCUCCAGUCCCACAGGUUUAUCACCUAAGGAAGAGUCUAUACAGCUGCGGGGAAGCCAGCUGCCUCUCACCCCAGCCAAACGGGCCCGCCAGCAAGAAACUCGGUUGUGCCUCUACUGCAGCCAGUCUGGUCACUUCACAAGAGAUUGCCUUGCCAAACGUUCUCGAGCCCCAGCAAGGAUAAAUAACCCAGCUCACCAGUAA